AUGAGUUGGGCUGUAAAAGCUCGGAGUGCUUUGACUCCAAAUAUAUGGUUUACGAAGAAGAGUGGAGCUGAAGAUGGAGUGAAACAAGAGCAACACGUAAUUGUUCGUUCGAUGGAUUCAGAUGUGAAACCAGAAGAAGGGUGUUGGCCAGAACUGAAAGAAUUCUGUAGAGCUCACGUUAUUGAGUGUUCUGCUUUCGGCUUGUUUCUUCUUUUCGGAUUCUUCUGUAUCUUCAACGCUUUUGGAUUCCUUGGAACUAAUGAGUUGAAACUUCGUUAUGCUCAUUACGAGGAGUUGGUCAAUGAGCAUUGUCAAUUCGUUGAGAAUCGAAAUUUGCAUGGAUCAGAGGGAAAGACGAAUCAUCCGAAUGCCACGUUGGCCUCCAUAUUGGCAGUUGUUAGACAUGGAGAUAGAUAUGGAUUGGUAGGAAAUGAGAAAGAUUGUCAAGUUCUCACAGAAGAAGAAAACCAAGAAUUUGAUGAAUAUCUAGCUACAAUCGAGAAACAGAAUUUGAAAAGUGUUCUUAAAAUUCCUGAGAAUAUGGAAAAUAAGAUAUUGACCCCGAAAAAAGACAAAUGUGAUUCAUCCACGUUGUCCCCUCGAGGAGCAAUUCAGGAGUUCUCAAUGGGCAGAUUUUUGUCCAACCAGUACAGGGAUACUAGUCUUUUCAGUACAUCGGAAACUUAUCUCAAUGUAACACUGACAUUUUCUCGGCUACAAAGAACUUUCGCUUCUGGAGUUGCUCUUAUCAGUGGGUUCAUCGAACGGAAUCAAACAGAAUUCGAGCUCCCAAUUGAAUUCAAAGAAGGUUCAGUUUACUACGGAUGCACUGAUUCAGGAUGUAACUGCGAUGAAACUAUUGAAAUUUUACAACAAAUGACGAGAACUGAAAGGAAAAGUUUAUUCCGAUUGGAAGUCGAUGAACAUACUCAACACGUUGCGCAGAAGCUGUUGGCUGAAGUGAAUUAUACCCAACUGAAUAUGGAUCCCACUGACAUCAUUGAUAAUCUUGUUGCAAGAUAUGUGUGCCAACGAAAGCCACUGCCUUGUAAUGAUGAAUUCUGUGCAUCUUAUCUGUUUUUCGGAGAUAUUUUCGAAUAUUUCUCAAAACAAAGUGAAAAAUUGUUUGAUUUGAAUAUGGGAGCAGAGAGGCAAUAUCGUGUAUUGAACUCAUUUCCAAUACUUCGAUAUGUUCGAUUGAUGACUGAAAGCAAUGGAAAACAGAUCCAAUUCUUCGCUUCUCAUGACACAAUUAUUGGAUCAAUUCUUCGUGUUCUUACUGAUUCUGGAAAGUACAUCGAUUGGCAAGUCUUUGCAGCUCGUCUCAUUUUUGAAAUCUAUGAAACGACAGAAAAUACAAAGUUCCUUCGUGUUGUAUACGACGGUGAAGAUAUCACGACUUCUGUGAAAUUCUGCAAGAAUCUUGAAUAUGGAUUGUGUCCAGUUUCCGAUCUAAAACUCUUCAUGGAGAAAGGAAUUUUCGAAAUGGCUGGAUUUGAGACAUUCGAGCAAAUCUGCACAGAUCACCGGAAAGAAUUCAAUUUUGUCUGA